AUGGCAUCUGUUGCUACGAAGGUGUCUGCUGUCGCAAGGGAUAUAUCACCCCUUUACUAUAGGAUAUUAUCAAAAUUUCCACAAAAUUUUACCUUUUGCUUCGCUUAUGGAUCCGCCGUUAAGCCUCAAAUAGGAAAUCAAAAGAAACAGAAUAUGAUCGACCUGAUAUACUGCGUCGAUAAUUCUUAUCGUUGGCAUGGUGCUAAUAUUGAGAUGAACCCGUCCCAUUACUCGGCACUCCGUUUCCUGGGCAAGGGAUUUGUUGCAAGAUUUCAAGAAAAUUGGGGUGCUAAAGUUUAUUUCAAUACUCUCGUUGACAUAAAAGAAGAAAACGUAACUAUUAAAUAUGGUGUAGUAUCACAGAAAGACCUCAUUGCAGAUCUUCUGGAUUGGAAUGAUCUAUAUCUCGCUGGUCGUCUUCACAAACCCGUGGAGAUCAUCAAACAAACCAACAGUUCUCAACUGCAAAAUGCUCUACAAGCUAAUUUAAGAUGUGCCGUUCACACAGCACUACUUAUUUUACCAGAAACAUUUUCCGAGUAUGAUUUUUAUUUUGCCAUAUCUAACCUAAGUUAUGCGGGUGAUUUUAGAAUGACAUUUGGAGAGAAUAAAAAUAAAGUUAGAAACAUUGUACAACCACAGUUGUCUAAUUUCCGGGAGCUCUAUAGACCAAUCUUGCAGCAAUUCCAUGCCUAUGUGGAUUUCCCGACCGGAGAUACACAGUGCCAUCAAGACACCAACCCUGAAACUAAACUUCAUCAUUUAAUGCAGCUUCCAAUGGUUCCACAACAAAGGAUAGUAAAGUUUUGGAACCAUGGCGGCCCGCAGCAGGACAUGGAAGAUGUUCUUAGAGCCGUUGCCUAUGACAUUGACUGUGCUGUUAUUUUGAGACAAAUAUUAAAAGAUUUAGUUUGGCAAUCCAGUGUGAGACAAUCCCUUAAAGGCAUACCGACGGCCGGUUUAAUGAAAUCUAUUCGGUACAGUGCUAAAAAAAUUGCAAAAAUGUUUUAA